AUGGCGCGGGACCGGGCAGCGUUCCCUUCACCUCCCUACUGCAGUAGUCCCCACCUAAGCCGGGUUUACCGCCUCACAGGCAUUAACACAGGUAGACCUCACUGCAGCCCGCUCUGCAUUUUACACGGGAGGACAGAAAGGGACGCAGCGUGCCCUGGCCGCCCAGCUGCGUCCCAACCAGCCCGCACGUCCGUCCGCAUCGAGGCUGGGGGGGGGGCGGGGGUGCAGCCCCGGCGCCGGGCAGUCGCUGUUCGACCCUGCGAGGCCGCGCCGUCCAGCUUCGAGACCAAGACCGGGCUCGGGGCAGGGGCGGGGCUCCGAGGCCGGGACCGGCCCGUCCGCACCCGGGCCGCCGGUCGGACGUGGGCCGCGGGCCCGGAGUCCACGUUCCCCCCGGGCGCCGCUCGGCCACUUCCGGAGGCCCCUGUCUGUGCCCUCAGCGAGCUGAUGGGCCGGGGGAAGCUUUUCAAACCAGGCCAGAAUUCUACCACGAAACCGCCACUGCCCCCCACUCACCUGUACUGCCUUCAAAUUCCCCCCCCAGCCAUCGAUGAGUACAAGCCUCAGGAUGCCACCACAAACCCCUCCCUGAUCCUGGCCGCUGCGCAGAUGCCUGCCUACCAGGACCUGGUGGAGGAGGCCAUGGCCUACGGGAAGCAGCUGGGCGGGUCACAAGAGGAAAAGAUUAAAAAUACCGUUGACAAACUUUUCGUGUUGUUUGGAGCAGAAAUACUAAAGAAAAUCCCUGGCCGUGUGUCAACGGAAGUAGAUGCAAGGCUCUCCUUUGACAAGGACGCGAUGGUGGCCCGAGCCCGGCACCUCAUCGAGCUCUAUAAAGAAGCCGGCAUCAGCAAGGACCGGGUCCUCAUAAAGCUGUCCUCCACAUGGGAGGGAAUUCAGGCUGGAAAGGAGCUCGAGGAGCAGCACGGCAUCCACUGCAACAUGACACUGCUCUUCUCCUUCGCCCAGGCCGUGGCCUGUGCUGAGGCGGGCGUGACACUCAUCUCCCCCUUCGUCGGCCGCAUCCUGGACUGGCACGUGGCGAACACGGACAAGAAGACCUACGAGCCCCUGGAGGACCCUGGGGUGAAGAGUGUCACCAAAAUCUACAACUACUACAAGAAGUUCGGCUACAAGACCAUCGUCAUGGGCGCCUCCUUCCGCAGCACGGAUGAGGUCAAGGCACUGGCCGGCUGUGACUUCCUCACCGUCUCACCCAAGCUGCUGGGGGAGCUGCUCAAGGACACCAGCAAGCUGGUACCCACACUCUCCGCCAAGGCUGCCCAGGCCAGCGACUUGGAGAAGGUGCACCUGGAUGAGAAGGCCUUCCGCUGGCUGCACAACGAGGACCAGAUGGCCGUGGAGAAGCUCUCAGACGGGAUCCGCCGGUUCGCAGCGGAUGCCGUGAAGCUGGAGCGGAUGCUCACGGAGCACAUGUUCAGCGCUGAGAAUGGGAAGUAGAGCGGGCGCCAGGCCGGACCGCAGACCUACGCGUCUUUGAGUUGCUCACGCCUUGCAGUGAAGAAUCUUGCAUUUUGUACCAGUUGGAGCAGGGAUGGAUCAUAGUUUUGAUUUUUAUGUAAAAUUUUACCUGAUGCAUUAAAGCUGUCAUUUUCCUGUA